AUGCUCCCUGGAGGAGGAGGAACCAAGGCCCAGGACCCGCAUUUGGACAUGCAGCUGACGGGCAAGGUGGUGCUGUCCACUGUCGCCCUGCUCCUGCUGACGGUUGCCUAUAGGCUAUACAAAUCCCGGCCGGCCCUGGCCCCGCUGUGGGAUAGGAACACCAAGGCUGAAGCCGAGGAGGAGGCAGAGGGCUCCGGGCAGCCUGCCAUCCCAGGGGCUGCCCCCGGGGCGCCACACUGGGGUCCGAGACGCCGGAGGGGAAGCAAGGGGGCCGGAGCCCCGCUGGACUGCAGCUGGGAGAGUCCGAGGGGCUCCCGAGUCCUGGAAACAGAAGCCUCUUCCAGGGACUCAGAAGCCAGAGAGACUCAGAAGCCGGAGAGGAAGGGCGCUGGGGAGGAGGCGAGUGGGCAGCGCCUGGGCUCGGACCUGGCACCUCCCCGCGGCAGUGACCAGGAGGCUGGAACGGCUGUUGGCGGUAAGCCCCAGCUGCCCCAACCCCCCGACUUGGGCAGUGAACCCGAAAGCUCUGCAGCCGGCCUUGCAGCGGCAGACGGCAGCGGGGUGGGUGGGGAAUCUGCUCCAUGGCAGGAUGGCAGACCCCCCGAGCAGCCAGGGGCCAGGCAGCAGGAAGCCCCCCACCAGUGCUGGAUGGUCCAUUCGGAAGGCAGCAGUGACAUGAACAAGAGCUGGGUCUUCACCCAAGUGACAGGUGUGCGCAAGGAAGAGGCUGGGGCCCUCCAGGCUGCCUCGGACAUGGGCCUGGCCCUGUGUCAGCAGGAGGGGGCCGUCACCGCCUCCUAUACCUUCUCAUCUGUGGCCCGGGUUCGAGUGGAGGAGAAUUUCAUAUGGAAGGUGGAGGGGACCAGGCCCAGGCUGAAGGGCAAGGUGUACGAUUAUUAUGUGGAGUCCACCUCCCAGGCCACGUCCAGAGGCAGGCUGGCUCCUGGGACAGCAGCCCUGGCCGAGGCUCCGCCCCCUCUGCCACUGCCAGGGCCCCCCGGAGCAGGGGCAGCCUCAGAAGGCCCCUCUGGUGACACAGACGGGAGAGCUGACGCAGCUGCCUCCUCCCAGCCAGCACUGUCGCCCCCUACGCGGGGCCUCAGCAGGAAGGAGAGCCUCCUUCAGAUCUCGGAGCACGCGGAGCUUCAGCUGCCGCUCAACGGCUUCGGGGCCCCCACUCCAUCCUGCCUAGACCAGAGCGCUCUGCCCGGCGGCCCCAUAUCCCAGGAUUCUCUCAGGUCCAGCUCCUCUAGAAGCAGCCAGGAGUCCCACGUGCAGCUCGUGGCCGGAACCAAUUUCUUCCACCUGCCAAUCGCCCCCGGUUCAGCCCCAGACGUCCACCUGCAUCUGGGUAAUUGCUACGAGGUGCUGACCUUGGCCAAGAGGCAGAAGCUGGAGACCCUCAAGGAGGCAGCCUACAAGGUGAUGAGCGACAACUACCUCCAGGUCCUGCGUAGCCCAGACAUCUACGGGCGCCUGAGUGGGGCAGAGCGGGACCUGAUCCUCCAGCGACGGCUCCAGGGCCGCAAGCACCUGGUGGUGGCCGACGUGUGCCCCCUGGAAGACUCUGGCCGCCUCUGUUGCUAUGACGAUGAGCAGGACGUCUGGCACGUGCUGGCCCGUCUGCCCCCCGAGGCUGUGUCCUGGGGCUGUGCCAUCUGCAGUCUCUUUAAUUAUCUCUUCGUGGUGUCCGGUUGCCAGGGGCCCGGGCACCAGCCAUCCAAUCGCGUCUUUUGCUACAAUCCGCUGACUGGGAUCUGGAGUGAGGUGUGCCCGCUAAACCAGGCCCGGCCACACUGCCGGCUGGUGGCCCUGGACGGGCACCUGUAUGCCAUUGGGGGCGAGUGUCUGAACACGGUCGAGUGCUACAACCCUCUCCUGGAUCGCUGGACCUUUGCCCCGCCUCUCCCCAACGACACCUUCGCCCUGGCGCACACGGCCACGGCGUGUGCCGGUGACAUCUUCGUCACGGGUGGCACGCUGCGCUACCUGUUGCUCCGCUUCUCAGCCCAGCAGCAGCGCUGGCGGGCCGGCCCCACGGCGGGCAGCAAGGACCGCACGGCCGAGAUGGUGGCGGUCAACGGCUUUCUCUAUCGCUUUGACCUCAACCGCAGCCUGGGCAUCGGCGUGUACCGCUGCAAUGCCAGCACACGCCUCUGGUACGAGUGCGCCACGUACCGGACCCCCUACCCCGACGCCUUCCAGUGCGCCGUGGUGGACGACCUCGUCUACUGCGUGGGGCGCCAGCGCACCCUCCGCUUCCUGGCCGACUACAUCUCACCCAGGUUCAUGCCUAAGGAGCUGCGCAGCCUCCCCUCCCCGCGGGGCACCCUUCUGCCCGCCGUCCUGACGCUGCCCAGCCCCGAUGUGCCUCAGACCAGAGUCUAG